AUGGAGCAGAUGCAGGAUCAGCCUAUUCCUAAAUACACACAGGUGGCAGCCUCGGCCCCCUCCGCCGCUCUCAGCGAGGAGGAUGACGAGGAUGACGACGAUGACUCGGAAGAAGAGGAUUCCUCCGAGACCGACUCGGAGGACGACUCGGAGGAGCACGGGGCUACAGCAGAAGGUGACUUCAGCCUAGCAGAUUUUGACUACCUGCCAGUGUCUUCGGAAAUCAAAGAACUCUUUGAGUACAUCAAGAGGUACACCCCCAAAACAAUAGCAAUUGAGCCCAAACUGCAGCCUUUCAUUCCAGAAUUUAUUCCUGCAGUUGGAGACAUCGACGCGUUCUUAAAGGUUCCCCCUCCCGAUGGCAAACCCGAUCACCUCGGCCUGCUGGUCCUGGACGAGCCCUCAACCAAGCAGUCAGACCCCACUGUGCUCUCCCUUUGGCUGACAGAGAACUGCAAGCAGCACAACAUCAGCCAGCAGAUAAAAGUGAAGAGUUUGGAGAAUGCAGAGAAGAACCCCAAAGCCAUUGAGAGCUGGAUUGAGAGUAUCAGUGAGCUGCACCGCUGCAAACCUCCCGCCACGGUCCUGUACACCAGGCCAAUGCCUGACAUUGAGAGCCUGAUGCAGGAAUGGUCACCAGAAUUCGAGGAGCUCUUGGGAAAGGUGGGCCUCCCAACUGCCGAGAUGAGCUGUGACCUGCCCGAGUACAUCGACAUGAUAUGUGCCAUCCUGGACAUCCCCGUGUACAAAAGUCAGAUCCAGCCUCUUCAUGUCCUCUUCUCCCUCUACUCGGAGUUCAAGAACUCACAGCAUUUCAAGCCCCUGGCUGAGGGGAAUAGGGGCAGGACCUCGCCACCCAACCCAUCUUCACAAGCAGCAGAAGAAGUGCUAACCUUUACUUGA